AUGAACAAGAUGAAAAAUUUCAAGCGGAGGUUUUCACUCUCGGUUCCUCGGACAGAGACCAUCGAGGAGUCACUGACGGAGUUCACAGAGCAGUUCAACCAGCUCAACAACCGGAGGAAUGAAGGGCACCUGCAGCUGGGACACCUGGGCAGGGACUUCCGAGCAGACACCAGCCCCGUCUCCCCCUCCGAGGUGGAAGGCCAGUCCCCGAUGGCCGUGCGCUACCGCAACAACAACCAGCGUCGCUUCUCCAUGGAGGAUGUCAGCAAGCGUCUCUCCCUGCCCGUGGACAUCCGCCUGCCCCCCGAGUUCUUGCAGAAGCUGCAGAUGGAGAGCCCAGAGUUCCCCAAGCCCCUCAGCAGGAUGUCCCGACGGGCUUCCCUCUCAGAUAUUGGGUUUGGGAAGCUGGAAACCUAUGUUAAACUGGACAAACUGGGAGAGGGCACUUACGCCACUGUCUUCAAGGGACGCAGCAAGCUGACCGAAAACCUGGUUGCCCUGAAGGAAAUCCGCCUGGAGCACGAGGAAGGGGCACCUUGCACGGCCAUACGGGAAGUGUCGCUGCUGAAGAACCUGAAACACGCCAACAUCGUGACCCUGCACGACAUCAUCCACACAGAGCGCUCCCUCACCCUCGUCUUCGAGUACCUGGACAACGACCUCAAGCAGUACCUCGAUAACUGUGGGAACCUGAUGAGCGUGCACAACGUGAAGAUCUUCAUGUUCCAGCUGCUGCGUGGUCUGGCUUAUUGUCAUGGGAGAAAGAUCCUGCACCGAGACCUCAAACCCCAGAACCUGCUCAUCAACGAGAGAGGAGAGCUCAAGCUGGCUGACUUUGGACUAGCCAGAGCCAAGUCAGUCCCUACGAAAACCUAUUCCAAUGAGGUGGUCACGCUGUGGUACCGGCCCCCCGACGUCCUGCUGGGAUCUACCGAAUAUUCCACACCCAUUGACAUGUGGGGUGUUGGGUGCAUCCACUACGAGAUGGUCACCGGACGGCCCAUGUUCCCUGGCUCCACGGUGAAAGAAGAGCUGCAUUUGAUCUUCAGGCUGCUGGGAACCCCAACAGAAGACACCUGGCCUGGAAUAACAUCCAACGAGGAGUUUAAGGCUUACAAUUUCACGCAGUACCGAGCCCAGCCGUUAAUAAAUCACGCCCCAAGGCUGGACUCAGAAGGCAUUGACUUGCUGAUGAACCUCCUUCUGUACGAAGCCAAAGGCCGGAUUUCGGCGGAGACAGCCCUGCGGCACGCUUACUUCAAGAGCCUGGGAGAGCGGGUGCACCUCCUGCCCGACAACGUCUCCAUCUUCUCCCUGAAGGAGAUCCAGCUUCAAAAGGACCCUGGCUACCGAGGCUCAGCCUUUCAGCAGUCAGCCCGAGGGAAAAACAGGCGGCAGAGUAUAUUUUAA